UGAUUUGUCCACAUUAGCCACAUGUGUGGACACUAUAUCAUAUUGAAAUGAUCAAUCUUAUAGUAAAAAUAAGCUAAGUAACACAACUUCAAUGGCUCUCUCUUGUUACAGUUUCAUCACUCCCUCUACACCAUCUCUUUCUCGUCACAUCAACCGUUCGUCUCAUCUUCCUCGUCGAGUUUCUUAUACAAAUGCAUCCUUGAGCUCUUCUUCUCCUGAUUCCAAAGCACCAUCAUCAUCAUCACCACCACAAAGUGUGCCAUCUUCAAAUACAACUACUUCCAUCCCUUAUGGUGAAUCUAGGCCACCUGAGCCUGCCUUUAACCAUGCCUUUGCCAACACCAAUGGCAAUCCACUUGUUGGGAUGGUUCGAAAUACCGAGUCUACCAUUGAAAGGAUCAUUUUCGACUUCCGUUUCUUCGCACUUCUUGCUGUUGGAGGUUCCUUGGCUGGCUCACUCCUCUGCUUUCUAAAUGGUUGUGUUUAUAUUGUUGAUGCUUAUAAAGUCUAUUGGUCAAGCUGUGUCAAAGGAGUUCACACUGGAAAGAUGGUUCUGCGCCUGGUUGAAGCAAUCGAUGUUUAUCUUGCAGGCACUGUCAUGUUGAUUUUUGGUAUGGGCUUAUAUGGAUUGUUCAUCAGCAACACACCUUCUGAUGUGUCACCUUCUGUUGACCGUGCCCUUAAAGGAUCCUCACUCUUCGGAAUGUUUGCUUUGAAGGAGAGGCCAAAGUGGAUGAAAAUAAGCUCACUUGAUGAAUUGAAAACAAAAGUAGGACAUGUUAUUGUAAUGAUUCUUCUUGUAAAAAUGUUUGAGAGGAGCAAAAUGGUUGUCAUUGGCACAGGAUUAGACUUACUUAGUUACUCAGUUUGUAUUUUCUUAUCAUCUGCAUCUUUGUAUAUCCUUCACAAUCUGCAUAAGCAAGAUUAGAAUGUACUAUAGACAUUGUAAUAUUCCCAAAUCAUAUAUAUAUGUAAGUGAACACUCACAUGGUCCAAUAUACUACUAAUGAAUACCUUUGUCCGUUA